AUGUCCCAAACGAUCAACCAUGACGAUGGAUGCUUUGUUGCCAUGGACACAGAGGACGAUGGCGCCAGCCCCUCCAGAAUAAUGCAGGCCCUUGAGGCAAAGCUGGAGUCUUAUCGAGAAGAAGGGAACAUGGACACUUUUGUCAAAGCUGGAGGGGGGACCAUGAUGGAGCUGCCUGAGGAAGUCCUUGAAUACAUACUGUCGUUUCUGUCACCUUAUCAGGAACACAAAACAGCUGCUCUUGUAUGCAAGCAGUGGUACCGCCUUAUAAAAGGUGUUGCUUAUCAGUGCUAUCAUGGUUUCAUAAGAGCUGUCCAGGAGGGAAACAUUCAAUGGGAAAGUCGAACAUAUCCUUAUCCAGGAACUCCAAUAACCCAGCGCUUUUCACACAGCGCAUGUUAUUAUGACUCAAAUCAGUCCAUGUAUGUGUUUGGUGGCUGCACCCAGAGUAGCUGCAAUGCUGCUUUUAAUGACUUAUGGAGACUGGACCUAAACAGCAAGGAGUGGAUCCGUCCUCUAGCUUCAGGUUCGUAUCCGUCACCCAAAGCUGGAGCAACUCUUGUGAUGCACAAAGAUCUGUUAGUGCUGUUUGGAGGCUGGACAAGACCUAGCCCUUACCCACUACACCAACCAGAGAGAUUUUUUGAUGAAAUCCACACCUACUCCCCUUCAAAGAACUGGUGGAACUGUAUUGUGACGACACAAGGACCGCCACCCAUGGCCGGCCACUCAUCAUCUGUCAUUGGAAACGUCAUGGUGGUGUUUGGAGGCUCAUUAGGAGCACGGCAAAUGAGUAAUGACGUGUGGGUUUUGGACUUGGAGCAGUGGUCUUGGUCCAAACCAGCCAUAUCUGGGCCAUGCCCACACCCGAGAGGUGGCCAAUCACAGAUUGUGAUUGAUGAUCACACGUUGCUUAUUUUGGGAGGUUGUGGAGGCCCAAAUGCUCUCCUCAAGGAUGCCUGGCUACUUCACAUGGAUGUACCCACGUGGAGGUGGCAACAGCUGCAGGUGGAAAACGAGGAUCAUGGUGCUCCAGAGCUUUGGUGCCACCCAGCUUGCAGAGUGGGUCAGUGUGUGGUGGUGUUCUCACAGGCUCCUUCUGGCCGUGCACCACUAAGCCCAAGUCUUAACUCUCGGCCCUCCCCCAUAAGUGCCAUACCUGCCCCCCUGGGCCCGGAACCUCCUUCAUUGCGCUCUCAGUCACCCGUUAGGAGCGGUGCGGCCGGUGUUGUUCUUGGCGCCGUCGAAGAGGCUCCGUGCGUUAACGGCCGAUGGGGCACCCUGAGACCCCGACCGACUGCCAGGGGAAAUGCCAGAGACUGCAGCCCGUCAUCUUCCCAGCAGCUGUCUCCUUCGCAAUGUCCCGAUAGCCCCCCUCUGCCUCCACAUCCGCCAUUGCUGAAUGGCUCCUCCCCUUCCCCACGGACCAGUCCGGCACAGGCUGCAUCACCACCCCUUCGCAGCCAUCCACCCGCCUCUACAGACUAUAGCUGGGAGGCUGCACAGCACCCCGAAAUACCCAGCACUAACGGCCUGCACACACCUCCCGCGGGUUCUGCGCGGACUCCACCGGGAGCAGUGUCCCCCGCUGCCUUACGACGAGGCCUGGAAGCGGUCAAAAACACAUCUUCCGCAUCUUUACCUUCUUCAUUAUCGUCGCCUUCCCUUCCAAUGCAGGGAUCUUCUUCUGGAGGAGGAAGUGGUGGAGCUGGAGCGGGCGCCCCUGGAACUCCCCCAUCCUCUUCCAGUCCCCCGCAGGCUGCAGGAGCAGACGGACACGCUAUCCCCCCGAUCGCCAGGCGCCUUGGCCAUCAUCCUCCUCAGAGUCUGAACGUAGGUAAACCUCUGUAUCAGUCGGUCUGUUGCAAGCCAAUGCAGAUGUACGUGUUGGAUGUGUCACGCGCAAAAACCUCUGGGACCGUGACCUGGAGAGUUUACGGAAACGGGACCCCUACUGCAGUUACGGGGCCCCCGGAGACCAGCCUCCACACUGUGGUGCAGGGUAGAGGGGAGCUUAUUAUUUUUGGAGGCCUCAUGGACAAGAAACAAAACGUGAAGUACUACCCAAAGACAAACGCCUUGUACUUUGUCCGUGCGAAAAGGUAA